CCGUCUUCUACGCCGCCUAUUCCUUCCUGUUCGUGAUCUUCACUUUCGGCUGGGAGGUGGCUCUCCUGUUCCUGGGACAACACGCCGCGUUCUACGCCGUGGCUGCGUUGCGCAGCCCAGCACUUUGCUACCUUGGUCGCCGCUGUGAUCCACUGCCAAAAGUUUUUGCUCCCUUACAAUGCAUUCGGCUACAUGUACCCCCGGUACGGCCUGAUGCCCUACAGGGCAGCCUUUGUCACCUUCCACUGGAACAUCCUGCGCGGCCUCAGCUUCAGCCUGGAGUUCGUUCGAGCCGAGCGCCAGAAGAAUACCGGGGACUGUCAGCGCAUAUGGCCACCGUACUGGAAGACGCUGGGCUACCUGAUCUACCUGCCCACGGUAUACCUGGGACCACCACAGAGAUACGACGACUACAUAGCCCAGUUGGACAAGCCGAGACCCAGCUGCACGCCUCGGGUGAUUGCUGUUGCAAUCGCGGGGGUGCUUCGUUCAGGCGCCCACUUCUUCCUCAUGGAACUCAUGGGCCACUUCCUGUACAGUUCGGCGAUGUCCGAGUGGCCCUGGAUGGGCGAAAGACUGGACCUCCCCAGCCUGGUGGGCUACGCUCUAUCCCUAGAAUUUCACUACUACGUGUGCUACCUGUUUGUCUACGGUUUCGCCGGGGCCCUGGCCAAGGCAGAAGGCAUCGAAGUCCCAACAACUGCACCAUGCAUAGCCAGAUUACACCGGUGCUCGCGGUUCUGGAGGUACUUCGACCGUGGCAUGCACCUGUGGAUUCGAAGGUACAUCUACGAGCCCGUCUUGGGCGACACUCGCACAGCCUUCCGGAUGCUGCUGGGCACGUUGGUGGCCUUCUCCUUCACCUGCACAUGGCACAGCCUGCACACGCACGAAGCCGUCUGGUGCGCGCUCAGCGGGCUUGGCAUCGCGCUCGAAGUGAUCACCAUAGAAUUGAGGAAGUGGACGCCCAUCAAGAGCUUCGAGGGCCGCUACCUGGCGUCACCUGAGCGAAUGCGAGUGGCCAAGGCCUUGCUGGGAUCCCCGCACUACCUGCUCACCAUUUGCGCCUGCAUCUUCCAUUUGGCAGAACUGGAAGUAUGCCUCGUCAUCUGCAGGAGGGUCCUAACCGGUUUUCCUUUCCCCAUGGUUCCAAUUUUGGUUUCCCUCUACAGCAUAUGCAAUGUUGCCAUGGACGUGGCCGAGUGGGAAGCCUCGGGCAUUGCCAAACAGAAACAAGCUUCGUCAUGAGCUGCCGAACCGCACCAAGUUCCGGAACAGUCUCGAAUUGCAUCAAUCGCUUCUUUUACAUCAUUGUUUAUUGAGUUUCCUUCAACAUUGUUUAUUAUAUUUUACGGCAAAGCUGUAUUAAAGCAGUUGGUCAACGGUUUUGUGCUGUGCUCAUGGUGGCGGUAACGCGUGGAGGCGCAUUGGGUAUUGAUGAGACAUAGGCACAUUACACAGAGUGGAGCAGCUUUAGUAUUUCCGGCUUCGCAUACAGGAACUAGUGUUCCGAAAGACUCGGGUGUAGCACAGUGUUUGCCCGUGAUUCAGUGAAGCGUUGGCCAAGUCCUAGGUCGGUUUCGGUUAGGCACAAGCCAUGCUUCUACAGGACUUACGAAGGGUUUGAGAACUCUCCUACACAACUCCACUCUGCAUUUUAUGGUUGACUUGUUCGCUUCGAUAUACGUCUGAGAAGGUUGUAAUUUGUUGGUGGUGUUCUUUUUUUGAAAUAUAAUAUUUUUUCCACAAACUUCGGCUUUUUUAUGGCUUUACCACGGCCUGUGGUGCAGAGCAAUAUCGUCAGCAUCAGGACCAUGCCUAGUACGCCAUAAUGGGCGAUUCAGCAGUUGAUUAGAGCCACGGUGUACAGAGCCAUGCCUUGUGAAGACCUGAAGGAGCGCGUCAUCGCUUAUAUGGAUGGCUCCGUAACCAGCAGCAGCGCUUUCCUCACCCUCGCCGUCCCAAUUCAUCCGCUUCAAUGAAUCGGCCAACAGCAUUUUGCAUAGCUCGGCUCUUCGACGACUGCGGAGCUAGGAGGCAUAAGUCUGGGACUGUGCCUGCUUCUCAAAGGGACGUCGUCACCUGUGAAAUGGGCUUUAGUGUGUGAGACUCGCGCAUAGAAUUGAGUCGCGUGCAGACGAGUAGCCGCGUGACAUCGUUUGUGCGAGACAUGGCGACUUGCACGUGGCUUAUGCAUUGCAGCACUCGUCAAGAGAGGCACGUCCCUUCGUCUCCAGUGCGUACCGAGGCACUGCGGCAUUCCCGGUAAUGCGCGAGUGGACCAGCUUGCCGCCAAGGCUCCACAGUAACUACCUAGUGAUCGCCCACUUUCUCUCGAGGAGACACGCCUGCUCAUUCGGGCGCGUGUCGCCACACCGCAUCCGGACCCUCAAGUCGCACGCGGGCACUGAAUUCCCCCAAUAAUAAGCACGGAAUCCCUAACAUGGCCUUCGGCGGUUCUGCACUAUGUCCACUUCGGCUGCGUGGGGACUGCGGCGUGCAAGGACUCGCCUUGGACUUGCCCCAUCGGAUUUGAGCUACUACUGCGCACAAGCGGAUGUGUUUGCACCAUUGAUGCUUCGCAGCACCACAUAUUUAGCAGCCCGUCGAACGCUUUUGGAUAUAUACCACGCCCUUGGCCUUUCGCUCGACAGCGUUAAAUGCCUCCUCUGGUCACGUGGAGGGCGUGGAUCGAUCCGCGUUCGAAAUCAGGCAUAUUGUAGCCUGGCCAACUUUAUUGACCCGUGAGCAUUGACGACGUGCGUGAUGUACUCGAGCUAGCAGGAUUCGCGCCCACAAGUUGACCGACGCAGCACUGUUCGUUUGCUUUGCACAUACCUACUGAGCAUGUUUAGCUUUCGCAUAGCAGCUUAUGCCGGAAGAGCUGUCAGCUCCGAGCUGUAUAUCAGGCGUCCUAUUAACGCGAAAACGUUAAGGGCCCCGUGUCGCAAGAAAUCCGGUGUCGGCGUCGGCGGCGUUUUUCGCUAGAGAAACUCAUCCCGUAUAUUUUCAGAUAUAUGCAUAUGCCACGCCUUGCUAUAUCACAUGCGGUGUUUAUAUUGCCACACCAUUCUAUGCUCAUACCUUGUCUUACAUUCUUCACAAAGUUAUUCCUCGGAAUUUUGAGAACGACAGCCCACAGAUAAAUGUCAUGAAACAAGACACCGACAGCGAAUGCCUUUUAUGUUAAAUCUUCUCAGAUUGAAAUAAUAAAAGUACGAAACAAUACCAGAAACCUGAAAAUGAUGUAAUUGUUUGGGCGCGGCUUUGCACGACCUCCAGGAUCAGCCCACGCAAGAGGCCGCGUUCCUAACAGUAAGCUCGCCUUCUUGCAUAGCGUAUACCACCAGCUAGUGUUUGUAAGGGUGCGGUCUCUUCAGGGUCGUCCCGAGCAUACCUCCUUGUACUUUUUUGCACGACCAAUAAAAGUUUUCACCACCACCGCCGGCGUUUCCCGGUAAACAUUACGGUUACGGGUACAUAAGCUGCAGUUGCCGGGAAGCGUGAUAAGCAGUUAGGGAUAUUUUAAUGCUGUCGCGUUCCACUCUUAAAGGCGAAGCUUAAGCAUUCUCCAAUUUUUUUUUUCAUCCUUCCCGUUCCUUCAAGUUCUGCAUCAUACAGCUCACCGGUAAUCAGGUGUUAGCACAGGGCUGUACUGGGUGUCCCAGCUAACGUUAGCCAAGCUCUUAUAAAUAAAAUAUUGAAUAUACGUGGACGCAACCAAUGGUUUUCUCUCAGCAGUGACGCACCUCACCAGGAGGAAUCUUUUUUCAUAAUUGAAGUAUGGGUAAUUAGAUUAUAUUAAUUACCGAACUUUUAAAUUACUGAAUUGAGGGCGCGAAUUUUGAUAGAAAAUUAAUAAAUGUGUUUUAGAACACCCGAUUCAGUUGUUUUCAGUACGCUAUUUCUGG